AUGCUGAGAGAGAUCUCGCAAAAGUGCCUCGUAUUCGUGCUCUACACGGCCUGCUUUAACUCGAGUCAGAUCAUCAUCUCGCACGAGAGCGUCAUCACCGCAUCCGCCAUCAUGUUGCUGGCUGCCAACAUGGGUGCAUCCGUGCUGACCGCCAACGUCAUCUGCUUCCGCCUGGACCGGAUGCUCGUCGGCCACUCCGUAUCUACCAAGAUGGUCAUAACCACGCUGGCGCCGGCCGCCUUCAUGGUGGUCACGCUGUCGUGCCUGAGGCUCGGCGAAACCCAGCUGCCUCUCCUGUUUGCCAUCGGAUACUUCUUGGGCGUGGCUACGGGGAGCCUCCUCCUCGCCAUGAUCACCGCGGGAGAGACAAAAUUCUCGGAGAUCUUCGGCGUUUCCCGCGGCUCGUCGUUGGUGGUCAAUGCCGAGAAGGGCGUGUACAAUUAUACCGUUCAAACGGCUCGCGCCAAGGCCAUCGCGUGCGACUGGUCCCAUCCGGGUUUUAAGACCGUGUACAAGCACAAGCUGAAGAGCCUGCUCGGGAACCUGAAGAACGACAAGAACCCCAACUUCCUCAGGCACGUCCUUACGAAGCAGAUCGAGGGCCGCCACCUCGCGUUCCUCACACCCUCGCAAGUCUGGCCGGAGAGGUGGGUGGAGGUGCACGAGCGGGCUGCGAAGCGCUUCCCCAUCGACGAUGCCGCCGAAGUCGCGGAGAGCGCCCUCUUGAGCUGCACGGAGUGCCGUUCGAAGCGGGUCUCUCACUACUCCUUGCAGGACGCGAAUGAGGAGACGAGGUUCUAUCUGACUUGCCACGAUUGCGGCAGGAGAUGGAAGAUAUGA